AUGACUUGUCAAAAGUGUCGGGAUGCAGACAGACUUAGUACUGCUGCUCGGAGGAAGAGGAAGCGAGAACAAGAACAGGAACAAGAAGCUCCCCGUCCUGCUCCAUCUCCUCCUGCCGGCAAUAUAGACGAAGGCACAAGUCAAGCAGCAGACCCAGAGUCCAAUGAUGAAUCCACCCUAGUCAGUAUUCAAGAUGGAUUCAAGGAAAAGGGUACUUACAUGCUAUCACAGUAUGAGAAUGCUCAGUGUCUAUUCGCAGCCCUACGAACCUCGUUUAAAAGCUCAAAUGAUGUCCAAUUUCAUGGAAGUUACCUUGUACCUGAGGAUCCAAUCACAAGUGAAAAAGAGAGGGUCCAAAUGGCAGCACUUGAGGUCUGGAGGACAACCGGAUAUCGUUUCAGGGUACAACACAACUACCCCCUCAAGACAGGACACAAGACAAUUCUAUGGUGUUGUCAAGAUGAGGACAAGAAACAGAAAUCCCGGCCAAGCCAGAAGGAAGGUGUCAAACACCGUGAUACAAUUGGAAUGAAGUGCUUCCCUUGUCGGAGCGCUCUUACCAUAUCUUGCUGCAAUUGA